GAUAGGAUGCUAAGUGCUAUUGAUUAUAAAGGAAAUAGCAUUAUACAUCUCGCAGCAAGCCUGGGAUCCCCUCCCAGCACCCCCCAUGGAUUUAUGCACCAAAUGAUGUGGGAUGUCCUCUGGUUUAAGCGAGUGCAGUAUGACUGUUAUCCAUAUCUCUGGCAACUACAAAAUUCUGAGGGGAAGACAGUAGAACAAGUAUUCGAGACGAACCAUGCAAGUGUACGCGAAAAGGCUGAGAAAACUGUGAGAGAACUGGCCAACACUGUGUUGAUUGUGUCUGUCCUCAUUGGUACCAUAAACUUUGCUGCAAUUUUUACUGUACCUGGAGGUUUCGAUCAAGAGAGUGGAGAGCCCAUUUUUCUUAAGAAGCGGCGCUGGGAAUUCAGCUUGUUGAUGUACUACUUAGCUGGAGGGCUGUUCUCCUCUCUGUUCACCAUGGGAACUCUGCUUGUGAUUAUCUUUAUGCGAUUUGAAACUGAGGAUUUUUAUGUUUCCCUGCCCUUCUACUAUGUGCUCGACGUUAUUUCCAUCUUCUACUCCGCGGGCUUCACAAUCACAGCAUGUUGCCAAGCAUUAAUAGUGCUGAAAGUCGUGAUUACCAACUUCAGACCCCUCGUGCUGCUCUUCUUUAUAUUUGGUAUGGUGGCCCUUGUGCUCCUGGAAACAUCAUAUGUGAUAUUCGACUAUAUGUAUUAUCUGAUUCGUUAUUCACUUUCUUAUAGAGGGCAAGAAUCUUAAGCACUGCACUUGUUUAUUCAUGUUAAUUUCGUGCAGACU